AUGUCGCUCUCCACCCUCAACCACCACCCCGCCGCCGCCGCCGCCGCCGGGCGGGGGAGGUCCUUCUCCCCGGCCGCCCCGGCGCCGUCGUCGGUGCGCCUGCCCGGGAGACAGGCCCCCGCCCCCGCCGCCGCGUCCGCGCUCGCGGUGGAGGCGGACCCCGCCGCCGACAGGGUCUCGUCGCUGAGCCAGGUCUCCGGCGUGCUCGGGUCGCAGUGGGGCGACGAGGGGAAGGGGAAGCUCGUCGACGUGCUCGCCCCCCGCUUCGACAUCGUCGCGCGUUGCCAGGGUGGAGCAAAUGCUGGACACACCAUCUACAACUCUGAAGGCAAGAAAUUUGCCCUUCAUCUUGUUCCAUCUGGUAUUCUCCAUGAAGGAACACUCUGUGUUGUUGGCAACGGAGCGGUGAUCCAUGUUCCAGGGUUCUUUGGCGAAAUUGAUGGUCUUCAAUCAAAUGGAGUCAGUUGUGAUGGAAGAAUACUGGUGUCUGACAGGGCUCAUUUGCUCUUUGAUCUGCAUCAGACUGUAGAUGGACUUAGGGAAGCCGAGCUUGCAAAUUCCUUCAUAGGAACGACUAAGAGAGGCAUUGGACCUUGUUAUUCCAGCAAGGUCACUCGAAAUGGGCUGCGAGUUUGUGAUCUAAGGCACAUGGACACUUUUGGGGAUAAGCUUGAUGUUUUAUUCGAAGAUGCUGCUGCGAGGUUUGAAGGCUUCAAGUACAGCAAAGGCAUGCUCAAGGAAGAGGUUGAGAGGUACAAGAGGUUUGCAGAGCGUUUGGAGCCCUUCAUUGCUGACACUGUUCAUGUGUUGAAUGAAUCCAUCCGACAGAAGAAGAAAAUUCUGGUUGAAGGUGGUCAGGCAACUAUGCUGGAUAUCGAUUUUGGAACUUAUCCAUUUGUGACUUCUUCUAGCCCUUCCGCUGGUGGAAUUUGCACUGGCCUUGGGAUUGCCCCUAGGGUUAUUGGCGACCUGAUUGGAGUUGUAAAAGCUUACACAACAAGGGUUGGCUCUGGCCCUUUCCCAACUGAACUGCUUGGAGAGGAAGGUGAUGUUCUUAGGAAGGCCGGAAUGGAAUUUGGAACGACUACAGGUCGCCCAAGACGUUGUGGCUGGCUUGACAUCGUUGCACUGAAAUACUGCUGUGACAUCAAUGGGUUUUCCUCUCUAAAUCUAACAAAACUUGAUGUUCUGUCCGGGUUACCAGAAAUUAAGCUGGGUGUUUCUUAUAAUCAAAUGGAUGGAGAGAAACUACAAUCCUUCCCAGGGGAUCUUGACACCCUGGAGCAAGUACAGGUCAACUAUGAGGUGCUUCCUGGGUGGGACAGUGACAUAUCUUCUGUCCGAAGUUACAGUGAACUCCCCCAAGCUGCCCGCCGUUACGUGGAGAGGAUAGAAGAGCUCGCCGGUGUUCCAGUCCACUACAUUGGUGUCGGGCCUGGGAGGGAUGCUCUGAUAUACAAGUAA